AUGUGUUAUCAAAUUGGAAGCAAUUUGAAAUGGACUUAUUCAAUUUCCAAGUCAAAUUUUGCUGAAAAUUUGAACGCCUGCCAACCAUUUUUUUUAGAGUCGUCAGGUACAUUAGUAGUCGAUUCUGGGGUGAAUUAUUAUGUUUAUCCAGAUCUUUCUUGUGCAGAAAUUGGUAUUGGUGAUAAUGCUCAAAGCGCUGUUUAUGAUAAAAACUCACCUCCAAAAACAUUAAACUUAAAAACAAGUAUUGAGUUUAAUGGUGUUUCCUAUCCUGUCAAAACAGUUAAAGGUCAUGCCUUUUACAAACUUAAAGGUGUCACUUCUCUCACUUUACCACAAAAUUUAGAAAUUAUUGAAUCAUUUGGUUUUGACAUGAUGGAUAUGACUAUCGAAACAGUAGUAUUACCAACUUCUCUAAAAUAUAUUGGCAUGCAUGCAUUUGCUACUAGUUUAAUCUCAAAUUUUGUCAUAGGUAGUAAUGUUGAAACAAUAAUACACGGUGCAUUUUGCAACAAUCCAGUAAAGAAGAUUAUUGUUUCUGAUGACAACAAUUUUUUCGUUCAUGAUAAACAAUAUUCCUUAUAUAACAAAGAGAAAACUAUUUUAAUUGCAGUAACAUCAUUCGUGAAAGAUUUCGUUGUUCCUAAUACAGUUAAAAUGAUUUGGCUAAAAGCCUUUGAAUUAAAUACUUUGAAUUCAAUUGUGAUUCCGAAAAACGUCACAUUUGAAAACGAUGUUAUAUUUUCUUAUUGUUAUGAAUUAAAAACUAUUACUUUUUAUGGAAAUAUAUCUCAAAUAUCAUCUGGGAGUUUUAUCCGAUUGUGCCCUAAUCUUCAAACAAUAUAUUACUUCGGUAACUCUCAGAUACCUAAUCGAAUUAUUCAGAAUCCAAACGCUGUUUUGAAAAUUGUUGUUUCGGAUUCGUCAAUUGAAUACUUUUCGAAUAUUAAGACAACUAUGUUCCAUGAGUACAAGAAAAAGGAAAUCACAUGUAAGAGCAUUUAUUAUAAUUUUAAUUUACUCUCUAUCUCUGUUUGUAUAAUAAUGUAA